CUACAAUCGGAUUUUCGGAUAAGCAUCUCAGUGUUUAACUGUAAGUCGACUACGAUCAUAGCCAUGUUGCUUAUACUGUGCCUGACAUUAAUAGCUUCCGCAUCGUCUUUAGAUCCUAGAAUUAUCGGCGGCUCAUCUACUACCAUCGACAAAUAUCCAUAUCAGGUAUCCAUUCAUUACGAGGGCAAGCUCUUUUGCGGAGGCUCGAUUAUUAGCAACCAAUGGAUUUUAACAGCGGCUCAUUGCGUUUACGGUGGAAAACUGGCAUCCUUCAUGAUCCGAGUCGGAAGCAGCUAUCAGGACAAGGAAGGUAUUUUGCUCGCAAACAUCACCACCAUUUACUACCAUGAAAUGUAUGACGAGGAUACCUACGAAUAUGACGUAGCUCUAAUCAAACUGCCUAAACCCGUGAGCUUGGGACCGCACGUGAAAAGUAUCGCUCUAGCUACCCCGUCGACGGUGGUUCAGCCUGGCUACAAGGCAGUUGUCACAGGAUGGGGCGAGCUGUCGGCAGGCGGCUCGACCUCGAAAGUGCUACAAGUCCUGACGAUGCCGGUCAUCGAUCAGGAGGUUUGCAAAAAGAUCUACGCUCGUUAUGGAAUUGUGACACCGGAAAUGCUCUGCGCCGGCUACACCACCGGCGGGAAAGACACCUGUCACGGAGACUCCGGCGGUCCGCUCGUCUACAACAGUGUCCAAAUUGGGAUCGUGUCCUGGGGUGCUCAAUGUGGAAGUGUUGGAUUUCCGGGAGUAUACACGCGAGUAUCCACCAUACGUAGUUGGAUAACCAAGCGGGCGAACGUGUAGCGGAAUUAAUUUUUCUCUUCUUCCUACGUUCUCCGAGAUAGAGGAAAAGCGGUGUACCGUUGAGAAAAUAUUUGUUUCUGUUUAACCGCGUCAAAACUGUACACUGAGAGAAAAAGUUUUGCUAAUUUAACAAAAUACCCGCAACAAAUGAUAUGUUGAUACGGGACAGCAAAUGAUCCCACAGUAAAAAUAAGUGAUUUGUCACUUUCAAUUUACUGUUUUAAGUCUCCAUAACAGAAGUGUUAACACUAAUUAAUAACUUAGGCAAUGUAUGUUUGUUAAAAUGAUAAAUUACGAGAAAUAUGAUUUGCAACUGUAAAUCGUUCGAUUUAUUUCCCUGACGAUUAUUAAACAGUAAACGCGCUUUUGUUCUACUAACCGAGAAAUUUCUCUCAAUGUACGAUAUUAUACAAAAGAUAUCGUUUGCAAAUUAUAUAAAUAAAAAAACACAUACACGUUUGGUACGUACAAAAAUUGUAUAAAUAAAAAAGUUGCGAGUGCUCAAAGAUAGAAAUAUGUUUGCGGCAAUAACAAAGCGCUAUUCUAAAAUGGAAAUCGAAAUCGAGCAAUUAUUCGUUGAGUUUGAUUGCAUUUUCAAAUAGUUUGAGCGCCGAUUAUUCCGUUACGGUUUACAUUUUUACAAAUAAAUAGAUAUUAUUUUCAUGUUAAAACGUAUCGAUUUCCCUUCACGUUUCAAAGUCAACCGAUUUAUUUGCAAACAAUGUGGAGUACUAAAUUCGCGACGAAAAAGUUUAAGACCGUGAUUUCUGUGAGAACGUUGCACAACGCAUUCCAUUUAUCAUCGAAGCGUGUCGACGUUCGAAAAACGUUGAAUCUAAGGUGUAUCUUAAUGGUGAUUCCAAGGAAACAAAUAAACUAACGUUACAGCACGUUCAUUGAUCCUUUCUUCAAGCACGAAGCGAGCAGUACCGAUAUGAGCUCACGAUCGUCAAUAGACAAUAUCUUGCCGGUAAAGUUUCAAGUACGGCUCUUUAAGAGGUUGUUAGAGUCGAUGACGAGUUUCAAAAAUAUCGAUAAAAUAGAGAUAAUCUACAUAUACAGAUCUUAUGUAAAUGUGUGUUGUUUUGUUAUACCAUAUUUAGCGGGAAACUAUAAAGCAUAUAUAGAAAU